AGUCCACAGCUGACACCAUCCUCAGCUGUCCUCCAGCAGAAACAUCUCGACUGAUGAGGCCAAGCUAAAGACUCUCUGCAGCACAAAAUCCACUGAAGACUGUUUUUCUUUCUCCAUUUGUCCUUCCUGUUCUCUGUCCAGACUCCAUCAUGCCUCCUGAGGUAAAGUCUGCGGCCUAUACUGGUCCCAGGAUGCUGCAGGGUGACCUCGCUGCCCUCAGCCCGGUCCUCAGAGAGUUCCUGGAGGCCAAUGUCAACCUGUGCCAGCCAGACUCCAUCCACAUCUGUGACGGUUCCGAUGAGGAGAACCGGGCCAUCCUGACCCAGCUGGAGAAGCAGGGGAUGAUGAAGAAGCUCCAAAAAUAUGACAAUUGCUGGUUGGCCAGGACCGACCCCAGGGACGUGGCUCGUGUGGAAAGUAAGACACUGAUCGUCACCCAGAACCAGAGGGACACGGUGCCUUUACCACUGGGAGGCGGAGUUAGCCAGCUGGGCCACUGGAUGUCUCCAGAGGAGUUUGACAAAGCCAUGGCUCACAGGUUCCCCGGGUGCAUGAAAGGUCGAACCAUGUAUGUGAUUCCCUUCAGCAUGGGUCCCGUGGGCUCCGCCCUCUCAAAGAUAGGGGUGGAGUUAACAGACUCACCAUAUGUGGUGGCCAGUAUGAGGGUAAUGACCCGGAUGGGGAAGGACGUUCUGUCCACCUUGGGGACGGGUGACUUUGUUCGCUGUCUGCACUCCGUUGGCUGUCCGCUGCCACUCAAAAGUGCUCUGGUGAAUAAUUGGCCCUGUAACCCCGAGCAGACAUUGGUCGCCCAUAUCCCCGACCGCAGGCUGAUCGUCUCCUACGGGAGUGGUUAUGGAGGAAACUCCCUUCUGGGGAAGAAGUGUUUCGCUCUGCGUAUCGCCUCAUGUAUCGCCAGGCAGGAGGGCUGGCUGGCCGAGCACAUGCUGAUCCUGGGCAUCACCAACCCUGCUGGGGAGAAGAAGUACAUGGCAGCGGCAUUCCCCAGUGCUUGCGGGAAGACAAACCUUGCCAUGCUCUGCCCCACGCUGCCCGGCUGGAAGGUUGAGUGUGUCGGUGACGACAUUGCCUGGAUGAAGUUUGACAGUGAAGGCAUCCUGCGAGCCAUCAACCCUGAAAAUGGCUUUUUUGGCGUUGCACCAGGCACUUCAGCAAAAACCAACCCCAACGCCAUGGCAACCAUCUUCAAGAACACCGUAUUCACAAAUGUGGCAGAGACCAGUGAUGGGGGCGUCUACUGGGAGGGAAUGGACCAAUCACUGCCUGAUGGAGUCACCAUCACUUCCUGGAAGAAUAAACCCUGGAGCCUGAUGGAUGGCGAACCCUCGGCUCACCCUAACUCCCGUUUCUGCACUCCCGCUGGUCAGUGUCCUAUCAUCGAUCCACAGUGGGAGUCCCCAGAGGGCGUCCCUAUCGAGGCCAUCAUCUUUGGAGGGCGCCGACCUGAAGGCGUCCCUCUGGUGUACGAGGCAUUCAGCUGGCAGCACGGCGUGUUUGUUGGUGCAGCCAUGAGGUCAGAGGCCACCGCUGCAGCCGAACACAAAGGCAAAGUAAUCAUGCAUGACCCCUUCGCCAUGCGCCCCUUCUUCGGGUAUAACUUUGGCCAGUACCUCUCCCAUUGGCUAAGCAUGGCAGAUCGCCCAGGGGCAAACCUCCCAAAGAUCUUCCACGUCAACUGGUUCCGUAAGAGUCCCACUGCUGGCUUCCUCUGGCCUGGUUUUGGGGACAACAUCCGUGUACUGGACUGGAUGUUCAGGCGGGUGAAGGGCGAGGCCGGUGCUGUGCCCUCUCCUGUGGGAUACCUGCCGUGUCACGACUCCCUGAACCUCCAGGACCUGAGUGGAGAUGUGGACCUGGAUAAGCUGUUCUCCCUGGAUAAGGCAUUCUGGCAACAGGAGAUGGAGGAGGUGAAGAAGUACUUCACCACACAGGUGAACAGCGACCUGCCCAAAGAAGUUGGCGAGCAGCUGGAGCUCCUGCAGCAGAAAGUGAACCAGAUGUGAAGCUGAAGAUGAACAAUUCCUUAGUUGUUCUUAACAAUGAUGUUUUUAUUUCACAACUUUAUGUUGGUGAUUCUACAACAGAGUUAUAGCAAUUCUUGAACAGCACAUUCUGAACUACAAAAGAAAAGUUCAUAAUCCUGAAAGUUUGUCAAAAUAACGAAAGAAGUAUUGGUAAUUCUUUUAUAUUCAAUAUUUCAUGAACUUUCUUUUGUUAUUUUGACUGUUUUAAGCAAUAAAAGUUAAAGUAGAACAAUAUUAACCUUUAUAGUGUUUAGCAUAUAAAUGACUUAUGAUUUAAGAUAAGAUAAUCCUUUUUUAGUCCCAUGACAGGGAGAUUUAUGAUGCUACAGCAGCACAGGGACCGUAACAGAGCAACUGUGCAAAGUAUGCAAAAAAUAAGGUAAAAGAAAAUAAAUACCAAAAACAGAAGUCAAGUUCUGUGCAGAAUAACAACAUAUACUGUAGAAUACGCUGUUUACAAGCACGAAGAAAAAAAGAAUGUACCGUAAUAUGGCACGUGAGUGUUCAAGUGAUGUUGUACAUGAGUACAAGAAUGUGUAGUAUUACUGCCCAUGGGAGACAGAAUAAUUGUUACUAUAAUGAUCUGAAUGAUCUGAGUGGUCGACUGGGAACAGUGGUGGUUAUGAAGUUGUGUUGUUUCUCCAGUCCAGUUUAUUUAUAAUGACAAUCAUAUGGCUAUCAUAUAAAUUAUAUAUUAGCAUCACAGUGGAAAAAUAAGCUAAACUGAUUUGGGGAAAAAAAAACGAGUGUAAAUUUUUUUGACAACACCAUACUAUGACAAAGAAGCAGAAUAAUUUGAAAAAUAAAAUUGUAAUGUUA